AUGAACCGGAGUGAGGAUCUGCAGCUAAUUCAGCUCUUAGAAAACUCCUGUAGAUUAGAGAUCGCAACUGUCACUGGGGAUGACGGGGAACCAACGCGACUUGCUUACCCCGAAAUCGAGUCUCACGAUCAAAAUAGUAACGGCAUUUGGCAACCUAUACCAAAGGAGUUCUUGAUACCAUACAAGAACGCGAAUAAUCCAAGCUUCAAUGAAUACCUUGCCCAAGUCUCCCUCCACAAUCCUAAAGGGAUUCUAGAGGGGCAGAUAUAUCAGCCCGUUCAUCGGUUCAUACAAAAUCAUCCCUAUUUCUCGAUGAUCCGCCCUUGUAUUCAGCCUCGGCCUCCGUCUUCGUCUCCGCCUCCGCCUCCGCCUCCGCCUCCAUCUCCAUCUCAAGUCCCUAGGCUGCCAAUUUCCUUAAAUAUCGGUUCUUCCGCACUAUAUCUUCGUCGAAAAUCCAAGCUAAAUCCAAAACGACCGCAGAGUCCGCCCCCAGCGACAUCAUACGAUCCAUCCACUAACCCGCGCGAGCGGGGCCGCCUAGCUACCCAGCAAUACAGUAACCCCCCCUUGAACUAUCCUACAACUCUCAAUCACGCUCCAAAUCCUUCAAAAUACCCGAUGCAGGCUGCAGAUAUCAGACGACAAUCUCAACACCCAUCGCUAUCUCAUGUGACAACUGUCACAAUGCCAAACCCGAUUAACGCACCAUUCGCGUUCCCGGGACCUAUUACCAGAGACUCAUGUCCUAAGGGGUUCCGAGCUUCUUUCCGAGCAUGGUUCAAGUGUGAGUAA